AUGCUGCGGCUACUUCGAAAGACUUCGAAAUCCCUCAUCAGCGCCGCUCUGAGCGUAAAGGAGUACAUCGUGGACGUAUCUGAAGCUGCGGCUGCUUUCAUCUCAGUCGAUGCUGAGCUCUCUACGGACCAAGACGCGCGCAACAAGCCAACAAACCUCGGUGCUCGCAGAGCUAGGCGUCCUGCAGCGCCAUCCGGCUCGCCCGAGCCCCUCGCAGAAUUGCCCAUAAAUGGAGGCCCACCUUCGGGUGCGCCGCCGUUCCCAAGCUACGACGACCCGUUAGGACGGCUCGACCACCCGUUCUGGAAGGGAGAUCACCCCUUACUUAGGUCCGACCAUCCUUUCUGGGACGGCGAGCCUCCGGAGAGCGUUGGGUGCGGGAUGAUCCGGAAGACGAACAGCAACCAGACAACCAACAAGGAUAGCGGCUUUCGGAAGGAGGAGGAUGUAUCAGCAACAGAAGUCGAUCGACGAGAAAAAGCAUAUGAGCGCAUUGCACAGUUCACCCCUCUGGAUAAGUAG